AGGUUACAAAAGAAAGAGAGAGAGAGAGAGAGAAAGAGAGAGAGAGCGCAGACACACUAACACACCUCCUCUCUCUGACACACACACACACACACACCUCCCUCCCUCAGUGCUCAGAUGAGAGCUCUGGCAGUCUGGUGAACUUUUUUCCCUGACUGACAGGAUCUUCUCGCCCGGUGAGCUGACAGAUCGAGUCGCCUCGGAUCCAUUACAAGUCUGCAGCUAUGGGACCUCUGCAGCUAUGUUAGAUAACGAACUCUCCAGUCGCUCAUUUUCAACUUUUACAACGUUUCUGAGUCUCGCGCGAUGGAGCCCGGAGCGGGACGAGGCGGCUGGAUCGUCCGCGCGCUUUGGAGACCGAGGAUGCGUGUCUGAAAUCGGACAGACUGGGGUCAGUCAUGGAGCCUGAGCUGAACUGCAGCUCCCAGUGUGAUUCCUCACUCUGCUUCAUCCACUCAGGGGUCAACAGGCAGGACGGCCUCGACGUUCUGCAGAGACUAUGCAGCCUCAGCACGGUAGCAGUGGAGCUCCCGAGGCGGUCUCUCUCUCCGGUGUUAAGUGCUGUGGUGUGGACGCUGCUCUCUUGUGGCAUCCUGCUGGCUUUCUGCUUCCUCCUCUUCACCCUGCGCUUCAAAAACAACAGGAUAGUGAAGAUGUCCAGUCCCAACCUGAAUGUCUUGACUCUCUUUGGAAGCGUCCUCACCUACAGCAGCGGCUUCCUGUUUGCCGUUGAUGAAGGAGCACACUCACAAGAUGGAGCAUCUACAGCUGUGCUACAAGCUCGGAUCUGGACUCUUUGUGUCGGCAGUACUCUGGUGUUUGGCCCAAUUUUGGGGAAAACGUGGAGACUAUACAGAGUGUUCACCCAGCGAGUGCCUGAUAAGAGAGUGAUCAUCCGAGACAUCCAGCUGAUGGGCCUGGUGGCUCUGUUGAUCCUGGUGGACAUGCUGGUUCUCACAGCAUGGAACCUCACAGACCCCAUCAGGUGUUCACGAUCUGUCGGUGCUGUUGUCAAGGUGGUGGACAGAGACGUUUCGUACUCUUUGUCACAGCUGGACACGUGUUCCUCCGUAUACUCAACUAUGUGGGUUAUCAUCAUUGCUGUACAGAAGGGUUGUCUUCUCCUCUACGGGACUUACCUAGCUGGGCUUACAAGCAAUGUCAGCCACCCUCCUGUCAACCAGUCUCCCACCAUCAUAACAGUGGUGACUCUGGUCACCCUUUCCUCUGCUGUGGCCGUCCCGGUGUCCAUCUUAAUGCAGGCCUGGCCCAACCUCGUCUACAGCACCGUGGCUGGAGCCAUUCUCGUCUGCACUCUGGCAACCAACUGCAUGCUCUUUGUGCCUCAGCUGACCCAGUGGCGGCAGUUUGAAGAGGAUCAGAACAACCCAAGUCAGAUGGCCAAGUACUUCAGCAGCCCCAGUAAGAGCCAGCCAUCAGUGUACAGCCAGGAUGAGGUCUACUACCUGCUGGGGGAGAACAACUCCAUGAAAAAACUCCUUAAUGAGAAAAAUGCCGUGAUCGACAGUCUGCAGGAGCAGGUGAGCAACGCCAAGGAUAAACUCCUGCGCCUCAUGUCAGCCAGCAACCCUCCCGAGGAACAGGACGUGGACUCCUCCAACACCAACCUCAACUCCUCCUCCACUCAGACCACAGAGCUUCAGUCCGACGGCCCGUCUUUAUCUUCUCUACCUCAGCGAGAAAUUAAACCCAGACUCUCACUGCCAUAUCCCUCCCCUCACCUCAGCUCUGCGGCCGUUUCGGCUCCUGCAGUUGCGCCGUCCUCUGAGCCUCCCUCUGCUCAAAACUCCUCAAACCCUGUAGCUGCUUCCUCUCCUCUCCCCGAUGACAUUUAUGCAGGCGGAAACCAAAGAGGUGUCUCUAGGACUGACCCAACAGGCAGAGACGCAGCUGAGUCCAGAACAGGAGAGGAUCUCGAGCAGUCUCUCCAGUCCCCUGGCGUACUCAGGACAGCAGAGGAGACAGUCCACUUUGUCACUUCUCUACAAUCCCGUAGAGCAUUAAACCCCUUUCAAGUUGAGACUUUCAAAAAUCAGAGAGGCCUGAUAUCCCCUCUGGAAACAAAUGCCAGACCGACUGGUUUUGUCAGCAGCGAGCAGUUGCAGGAGAUCCUCCAGGAGCUGAGCGUGGAUGCAGUCUUGGAGACCGCACUUCGAUCUCCAGGACUGACGUCCAGAAGGCCCUCUCAGCUAACCUCCGCACUUUCGCCUCUCUCCCUGCGGACACCGUGCUCCCCUCACCCUCCACCCGUUCUCUUCCGCUACCCCAGCAUCUCCCCUUAUGCGAUGAGGAAACGUCGGCCUCCCUUUCACUCCUCCAGGAGAGGCCUGGCCUGCUUCUACACAGGUUCAGAGGCUGCCGGUUGUGGGAGGAUAAGGGAUAACUGUGAACACCAAAAUCUGGGCGGGCACCCUGAUGGGGUCGCCGCGGAUGGCGCCCUCCUCCAGGCUCACAACGCCGACCUGCAGCUGGAGGAGGAAGAGGAGGGUGCGGAAGGGAAUGAAAUGAUAAGAAAAUGUCGGCGGUGCGUUUCAAGGUCCCACAGAUGUUCAGUGUUGCCCUGUGCCGAGCGCAACCGCACAGCUCCGGCUGAUGUGGAGGCGGGCGGUGAUAACAAGCGGCACCGUAGACACAUUAGAGACUCAUGUGGGUCCUGGGACUCUGAUUCUAGCAGCUCAACAGACUACUGUUACUACCACCGUCCCUACUGUGACUCCUGCCGGCAGCGAGGCUCCCUCCUGUCCUCAGACAGCUCCUCAGACUCCUCUGACAGCGAGUACGAAGGCUAUACCAGCCUGUACCGCCCCUCACACCCCGUGGUAUUCAAAGAAGACAUCAAACCAACCUUUGUGUGAGCACAGGUUCACUGCACUUUACAUGUUCAUCCAUUUCCACCUCUUGUAUUCAUGUCCCAAGAAAUAUUGUGCAAAGUUAGCUUUGAGGAGAAAGCAUGAAGUUCAUUGUGCAUCGAUUAUGGGAGAUCAUAUGAUUGUAGCCUCAAUGGGAACAUGUUUUACAUUCUGUAUGAUAAGACUAUUGGUAUUCUUGAGUAUUGCAUCGUGAGGAGAAGUAGUUAUUUUACUUAUGAGACAGACUUUUUUGUAGCUCAAAGCACAAUGCUAUUUACUUUUUGAUAUUACUUAUGGCAUUAUUUGUAUAUUUUGCUGUCAAAUGGAAACUCUGACAGAAGUCUGACAUUUAGAUUGAACCCAGACAGCCAAGAUGAAAGGCUGUUACAGAACAGUUCAAAUGUACAGUAUGCUUGCAAAUGCUGUAUUUAUUUGAUUAUUUAUUAGUUGAUGUUUUGCUGUACAGAACUACUUUCUGUCUCCCUUUUAAGUUUUUACACUGUCAAACACAUUCCGUAAAAUGUCGCUCUUCCAUUUUAUCUGUGUUUCGCCUUCAUUUUCAGAUCUCCUGCAUCGUCUAGUGCAGGGGUGUCCAAACCUUUUUCCCCCUGGAGGACCAAAACGAAAAUGUUAAUGGUGGACUGUAGGCUGUAAGCAAACACUUAUUGUGUUAAGAUGCAAAAUGGUUACAUAUGGAAGCCGCGAGAGGCUUCUAUAUAAGAGACGAGAGAGAAACAAAACUCUGGCGACUCAGUUUGAUUAUGAAAUAUGUGAAAAAAUGGCUUAAGCUUCCCA